GUGAGAAGAGGGUGCCAGUGAUGCCUGGAUCGCCCGUGGAAGUGAAGAUACAGUCCAGGUCCUCUCCUCCCAACAUGCCACCGCUGCCCCCCGUGAACUCCGGUGGCCCCCGGCCGGUGUCCUUCACCCCAACUGCACUGCCCAACGGAAUAAACCAUUCCCCCCCGACGCUGAACGGGGCACCAUCCCCACCCCAGAGGUUUAGCAACGGUCCUUCCUCCUCCUCCUCCUCCUCGUUGACAAACCAGCAGCUCCCAGCCACGUGCGGCGCCCGGCAGCUCAGCAAGCUGAAGCGUUUCCUCACUACCCUGCAGCAGUUCGGCAACGACAUCUCACCAGAGAUCGGGGAGAAGGUCCGGACCCUCGUCCUGGCGCUGGUGAACUCAACAGUGACAAUCGAGGAAUUUCACUGCAAGCUGCAAGAGGCGACGAAUUUCCCGCUACGGCCGUUUGUGAUCCCCUUUCUGAAGGCCAACCUCCCGCUGCUGCAGAGAGAGCUGCUGCACUGCGCCCGGGCUGCCAAGCAGACGCCCUCCCAGUACCUGGCGCAACACGAGCACAUCCUGCUCAACACAAACACCACGUCCCCCGCUGACUCCUCCGAGCUGCUGAUCGAGGUGAACGGGAAUGGGAAGAGGCACAGUCCGGACAGAAGGGAAGACAACAGCUUUGAGAGGGAGCCGCUGCCGACGGAGCCUCCAGCCAAGAGGGUGUGCACCAUCAGCCCCGCGCCCCGGCACAGCCCUGCCCUGACAAUCCCCCUGAUGAACCCCGGGGGACAGUUCCACCCCACCCCGCCACCCCUCCAGCACUACACCUUGGAAGAUAUUGCGACCUCCCACCUCUACAGGGACCCCAGCAAGAUGUUGGAGCACAGAGACAUUCGGGACAGGCACAGCAGUCUUGGUUUGAAUGGAGGAUACCAGGACGAGCUGGUGGACCACCGCUUAACGGAGAGAGAGUGGGCUGAUGAGUGGAAGCAUCUUGAUCACGCACUGAACUGCAUCAUGGAGAUGGUGGAGAAAACCCGGCGCUCGAUGGCCGUGCUGCGGCGCUGUCAGGAGGCCGAUCGGGAAGAGCUCAACUACUGGAAGAGGCGGUGCAGCGAGACGGCCGAGCCGCGGAAGGCCGGCAGCGAGCUCAUCUCCAGGCAGCACAGCCCCAGCAGCUCCGACUCCAUCGGCAGCGAUUCGUUGCGGGAGUUCAGCAGCAGGUCGGGAACGGGCUACGUCACUGAAGAGAUAUGGAAAAAAGCUGAAGAAGCCGUGAACGAGGUGAAGCGCCAGGCCAUGUCGGAGGUGCAGAAAGCAGUGGCGGAGGCCGAGCAGAAGGCAUUUGAGAUGAUUGCCUCUGAGAGGGCUCGGAUGGAGCAGACCAUUGCGGACGCCAAGCGCCAGGCCACCGAGGAUGCUUUCUUAGUGAUCAAUGAACAGGAGGAGUCUACGGAGAGUUGCUGGAACUGCGGUCGCAAAGCCAGCGAGACGUGCAGCGGCUGCAACAUCGCCCGGUACUGCGGCUCCUUCUGCCAGCACAAGGACUGGGAGAGGCACCACCGAAUCUGCGGCCAA